AUGCUGGCGUCUCUGCGCGCAGCACGCAAGGCGGUCUCACCAUCGCCACGACUACACCUCCGGAAAUGUUCGAGGUCCGUGUCGGCCGUAGCGCUCGCAUGCCGCGCAACAUGGCCGAAGAGCAGGGGUUUCAGCAGCUUCACUUACCAGCGGGAUGAGGCGUUGGCUGCCAACGAUGGGGUUGGAUACACUGCGGAUCUACCGCCAGGUCUGACGAAGCGCGCUGAUACGCCGAAGCUGCCAGUCGUCUGCCCGGGAUGCGGCGCCCCAAGCCAAACAGUCGACCCUGAUGUCGCUGGUUUCUACGGCUCCAAGCGAGCGCUGAAGGAAACAGCGAAGAGCGCAAAGGAGCAGGAAGAGGAUGAGGUCUUCAGCGCUGCGCUCCAAAAUGGGCUGCUGUCCGAGGCCGUAUCUAAGGAGCCCGCGCCAGACCACGUGCCGCCGCCGCCAGCGGUCCCCAUUUGUGACCGUUGCCAUGACCUUCUCUACCAGUCGAAGGGCAACAGCAUCAUACACCCGUCGAUGCAAUCCAUCCAGCAGAUCAUCGAGGAGUCGCCGCACAAACAGAAUCACAUCUACCAUGUGCUCGACGCCGCCGACUUCCCGCUUUCGCUCAUCCCCAAUCUGGUCAGCGCGCUCCAGCUUCCCCGGCUCCGAACGCAGAACCGUCGAUCGAAGAGCAUGCACUAUGUUCGCGGUCGAGUGGCGGAGGUAAGCUUCAUCAUCACCCGCAGCGAUCUGCUCGCGCCGAAGAAAGAGCAGGUGGACAGUUUGGUCCCUUAUCUGCGGGAGGUGCUGAGGGAUGCCUUGGGCAGGAGCGGCAGGAAUUUGAGAUUAGGCAACGUAAGGUGUGUCUCUGCGCAUCGAGGGUGGUGGACGCGCACAGUGAAAGAGGAGAUCUGGAACAGUGGAGGUGCUGGGUGGGUGGUUGGGAAGGUCAAUGUUGGGAAGAGUGCGCUAUUCGAGGUCGUCUUUCCAAAAGGCAGGAAGGACGACAGUGUCAACGUGAGGGCUAUCAGGGAGGAAGAGAAGAGAGCACUUGGUGGCGCGAUGCCAUCACUACAACCUGACGACGGACCAGACGAUGUUCCUGCGAAUGUACUCGACACGAAUACACCUGGCUUUGCGAACCUGCCAGGCGAGCUGCAUGAGCCCGAUUCAUCAGCGUCGGCCACCCAAGAGCCGAACAGCUUCCAGGAAACCGAACUCGAUAUUCGCGAGCGGGAGCACGAGGAAGACGAGAGCGAAGGUCUUCUUGACGACACCUCACUCCUGCCUCCAGCCCAGCCAGAGACGGCCUAUCCCAGGAUGCCACUGGUCUCGUCCCUUCCUGGUACGACUGCAUCGCCAAUCCGGAUUCCGUUCGGUGGCGGCAAAGGCGAGCUCAUCGACUUGCCCGGCAUCCACCGUAGUUCUUUGGACGUCCACGUGCAACCUGAACAUCGCGUUGAUCUCGUUAUGAAGUCGCGAGUUGUCCCCCAGCAACACACCAUCAAGCCUGGGCAGUCACUACUUCUCGGCGGCCUCAUCCGCAUAACACCACAGCUCGAGAGAGACGAGAACGUCGUAAUGCUGGCCUACCCCUUCACUCCGCUCAAACCGCACGUCACGAGCUCAGACAAAGCUGUCGCGAUCCAGACCGGCUCCCAUCCGGACACCGGCGAAUCCUACAGUGGCACCGUCGCAACCAUCGCGACAACCAACGCGCAAGCAAAGAUGAAAGAAGCAGGUACCUUCCAGCUUAGAUGGGACGUUACGAAGCGUCGUGCCGGACCUCUCACGGACCCGGCAGCAGGCAAGCAGAAGGCCGCCAACUUACCUUUUAUCGUUUACGGCGCGGACAUUCUUAUUGAGGGCGUCGGAUGGGUGGAGCUCACCUGCCAAGUCCGUGCGAGAAGGACGGCGUUUGUAAAUGAACCUGUCAAAGAUGCGUUCGGCGAAGGGACAGCGCGGCGAGAAUUCGACGCUGGGCCGCCAGAGGUGGAGGUCUGGAGUCCAAACGGUGGGUUUGUUGGAAUCAGGAGACCGAUGAAUGCGUGGUUGCUUGGAGGGCCGAAGAAGACGCCCAAGCAUGCGAGACGGGGGAGGCCGAGGCAGACGAUCAGUAUGCAGCGGAGGAAGGAGGGAGGUGCUAGAAAUCAAAAUGGAGACUUUUGA